CCCACAGCCCAGAGGCUUGUGUAUGUGCUGCAUGGUGGAGCAGGAGGAACUGUCUGCUGCUGCUGCUGCUGCUACUGAGGCUUCUCAUUGUCUGCAGGAGAAUGGACUGCUAACUCCCUGAUCAGCCUUGCAUCUGUUGAAAACUACACACCAUCAUGGGGAAACAGAACAGCAAGCUGCGUCCUGAGGUCAUGCAGGACUUACUAGAAAGCACAGACUUUACAGAACAUGAGAUCCAGGAGUGGUACAAAGGCUUCUUGAGAGACUGUCCAAGUGGACAUUUAACAAUGGAGGAGUUUAAGAAAAUAUAUGGGAAUUUUUUCCCUUAUGGGGACGCUUCUAAAUUUGCAGAACAUGUAUUCCGUACCUUUGAUGCUAAUGGUGAUGGGACAAUUGAUUUUAGAGAAUUUAUCAUAGCUUUGAGCGUGACGUCCAGAGGAAAGCUGGAACAGAAGCUGAAGUGGGCGUUCAGCAUGUAUGACCUCGAUGGAAAUGGCUACAUCAGCAAAUCGGAAAUGUUGGAAAUAGUACAGGCAAUCUACAAGAUGGUUUCAUCAGUAAUGAAAAUGCCAGAGGAUGAGUCAACGCCUGAAAAAAGGACGGAAAAAAUCUUUCGGCAAAUGGAUACGAACCGAGAUGGAAAACUUUCACUGGAGGAAUUUAUCCGAGGGGCAAAGAGUGAUCCGUCAAUAGUCCGCCUACUUCAGUGUGACCCAAGCAGUGCCGGACAAUUCUGAACAUUUUAUUUUUGGAUUAAACCCGUAAAAAAAAAAGAUUUUUUUUGUUUUUAUUUUUGCCAAAAUUAAAUUUGUUGUGGUGUUGACACAUUAUGGCCAAAUAUAUCUACUUCCUUCUAUGAUAUCUUUGUUGUGGAUGACAAAGAAUGGAGAAUGUUGUCCCCAUUGGGCGAAGGACAUUUUCUGUACUACCGCUCCGGGUAUCCUUGCCAUAAAUGGAUAACAGACGUUCCACCACAACUCAAGGACUUUUUAUAGAGCUGACAAACAAAUUUCAGAUGGCUGUGGUUAAAAUCUGGCCUACUUAGUUAAGUAACUUCUUAGUUGUUUUAGCCAAUAUUUGCAGACAGAAGUAUGUGAUAAUCUACAUUAGUGGUCUCCAACACGUGGCUUUCCAAAGCCUAGGAGUUGUACUUUGGAGAGAUGGAGAACUAUGAGUUGGAGGCCACUGAUCUACGUACAUUAGAAAUGGACCUACAUAGGUGAGUGCCACAAACGUUGUUCAGUUUCUUCUAUUUAGACACAAAAAGAAGCCCCAUUCCCAGUGGAGGCAACCAUUCUUGGGCUAAAUCAUUACUCUUGAGUCCAUAGAUACUAGCUUAUAUAAGCUUUAUUCUCAUAAGGAUCAGUUCUUCAAAUGGUUGCAAACACUCUGUAGUUAAAGGGUUCAUUGUCAGAUCAGAAUGUUAUGCAAUAACUGCAAUAAAAAUAUGGAGGUUGCAUUCUUUGCACAAUUUGGCACAAGCUGGCUGCACAAGAGAGCUGCAAAUUUGGGAUACGACUCAUUAGUAGAUUCCGACUAUUUGAAUUGCAUUCAGCUGCAUUGCUGAUGUACUUCAAUGGCAAGACUGGAUGUGUGUUUUUGCCUUGUAUUGGAGUAUAGCAUGAUGUUUCUUGUCAUUUCAUUUAUAAUAUUACAAAUUGAAUGAUUCAUCAACCACCAAUUUGUUCGUUUCUAGGAAUAAUUACACUAAGGGCCCCUUUUCAGACGAGGGGCUGCUGGAGGAAACUCUACCGAGGAAGGCCACCUUGAUACUUUCCACUAAAAAGGUACCAGUGGAUAUGAAGGUGGCUUCAGACAAACAAUAGUCUGAAGCCACCUUCAGAUGGCCAUUUGAGAGAAACCUAACAUGUAGUAAAAAGUAACCCUAGUCAUAGUCUCCUUCUUGCUCUCCCACCCAUAUUCUUGUCCUGUGUGCACCAGUAUAGUUUUUUAUACUGGUAUAGUAAAAAUAACCAACAUAGAAUUUCAGGCCAAUAGCUAAAUAGGCUUAAAAACCUGAUAUUUCCCCAUUCUCCUCAACUGGUCUUAAUCAAUACAUUUAUUAACCUGGGGCAAAAAAAAAGUAUAUAUGAGCGAGGCUAAUUAGACCCCUGGUAGUUGUUUUCCAAAAACACUUUUUAAUUGCCCUACCAAUGACAUUGACUAUUACUGUUGAUGUUAAUAUCAAUUGUUUCUGGAGUUGCUCUUAAAGGAGCUAUCCAGAAUUAGAAACAGCACCACUCUUGUCCAUGGGCUGUGUCUGGUAUUGACAAUCAUGCCCAUUGACUUGGCAAGAUCCCUUUUUUCUAAUCCAAGACAACCCUUUUAACAAAUAAUUUGGCUACCAAUGCCAUGGCCAGUCAAUUACAUUACAGUUUUUAGAGAUCUAGUUUAGAUGUGGACAUGAAAUCUGAUACAAGAUUGGUGGGUUUGUUGUCCACCCGGGAGACAAUAUAUGAUUGUUCUUUUCAACUUUUGCUUGCUUGCUACAAAUGAAAGCAGUUCUGUACUUUAUAGAUAUUGGGCCUAUGCAACUAAACAAAUCAACUGGAUAUCAAAAUUUGGUCACCAAGCGUUGGUCCUGGGCACUGUGGCUGUCCUUAUAACAGCAUCCAUAUAACCUACUAUAUGCACAUACAGUAUAUAAAUUAAUAGCUACACUAUCUUCCCACGACCAUGAAGGGAGUAGAUCUUGGAGAUCAAACUUUAACAUCACUUUGGAGAGCUAUCAGUAAUGAAGUGUCUCUACAGUGUGUACUAUAUUCAUCAGUAGUACAUAGGGAUAAAUAUGCAGUGGGCUAAAAAGGCCAGGCAGAAAAGUGCCCAAAAACGUAGACCUGCCAAAAAAAUUUGGUGCAGGACCUUCAUAAAUAUUUCCCAAUAAAUGCUGUACAUCAAUAAAUCUGCCCCAAUAAAUGAGCAUUUUCAGUAUGGGCCCCCAUAAUGCACCUCCGUGUUCUUUCCUAGAAACUAGCUGAUUAGCUACUAUGGGUCACCACAUGACCCUCACUAAGAGAGUGAUUAGAGUCAUGUUGUAAUUCAUAGGCUAGAUCAGUUGCUGUGCACGCUUUUUACCACCACUCCAUUCAGUUUCUCCUAUAGUUUCAUGCAGUCACCAUCCAUUGGAAGGUUACCUCAUAUCAUUGUGCUCCAUACUUUGUAGUUCGGACCUGUAGUUCUUUCUAGUCGACCUUUCCAAGUAGCGUUCCCGACUUUGCACACCCGUAACUUCUAUUGUAUUUGAAAAUUUUGUAAAUGUCUCGUGGAUUUGGGUCAAAUAUUUACUUCGAGCAACCCGAUGAUGGUUUUAUGCUUUACCAUAUGGGAUUCUAACAAGUGUAAUUCAUGUGAGCAUGACUUAUUGCAAAUUUAUUAUUUUUUUAUCUAUUAACUAUCAAUAACGAGCUUUAAAAGAAGAUGGUUAUAAAAGGACAUGAAAUCUACCUAAUUCUUCCAGAGAGAUAUGUGACUUCAACAUUACCUUACCGGACUCGAAAGAUAACAACCCCCCCUUAGCCCCCACAACCUGUUUCUUUUCUAGCUUACCAUUGCAAGGAUUCUGUAAUGUCAAACGAUUCAGCGGCAGUUUCUAAUGCAUGACAUAUAAUUUUCCAAACUGUGAAUAUUUCUGGUAUGCAAAGACAAUGUGGUUUUGAAGUUUACAUAAAUGACGUUACUUAGCUGUUUUUUUUUUCUUAA